GCCGCUCCCUUUCGAUGUCGAGUAUAAAACACUCUACCCUCUUCGCUGCACUUUAUCGUCGGCCCUCGCCCUUCUCUCCCCUCGGCUUCGUUCCUCGCUUCCAUUCUCGGCUAGCCGCUCUUGGCAAUGCAAAGAUAUGUUCGUUAUUCCCAGCAUGAUGAUGGCGUCAGUAAGGCAAGGCAUCACCACGGAUACAACAGUGAUUCACAUAAGAAAGGCAAUGCAGGUGGCAGUUGGGUGAGAGCAAUGGCUUCUCAUCUUGUUGGUUAUCCACGCAUUGGACCCAAGCGAGAGCUUAAGUUUGCAUUGGAGUCAUUCUGGGAUGGGAAGGGCAAUGCUGAAGAUCUGCAGAAGGUUGCUAAAGAUAUACGAUCUUCCACUUGGAAGCAAAUGGCAGAGGCAGGAACAAAGUUCAUCCCAAGCAAUACCUUUUCUUACUAUGAUCAGGUUCUUGAUACUACAGCCAUGCUUGGGGCUGUACCCGAUAGAUAUGAUUGGUCUGGAGGGGAGGUAGACUUUGAUAUUUACUUUUCAAUGGCCAGAGGGAAUACUUCUGCCCCGGCAAUGGAAAUGACCAAGUGGUUUGACACCAACUAUCACUACAUUGUACCUGAGCUGGGCCCUGAGGUGAAAUUUUCAUAUGCUUCUCACAAGGCAGUGAGUGAAUACAAGGAGGCAAAGGAGCUUGGGUUUGAAACUGUUCCUGUGAUUAUCGGUCCUGUGUCUUACUUAUUGCUGUCGAAGCCAUCAAAAGGUGUUGAGGAGUUUUUUUCUGUUUUCUCUCUGUUGGAAAAGAUUAUUCCAAUCUAUAGGGAAGUACUGGCUGAGCUGCAGGCAGCAGGUGCAACUUGGGUGCAGUUUGAUGAGCCGAUGCUGGUACUGGAUUUGGAUUCUUAUGAGCUUAAAGCAUUUUCUGAAUCAUAUUCCCAGUUGGAAGAUUUCUCAUCUGGUCUAAAUAUUAUCGUGGAGACAUACUUUGCUGAUAUUCCUCCAAGGGCAUACAAGACUCUGACAACAUUGAAGGGCGUUUCUGGAAUUGGUUUUGAUUUAGUGCGUGGCGAGAAGACAUUGGAUACGAUAAGGAGAUUUGGUUUCCCUGCUAACAAAUAUCUUUUUGCUGGUGUGGUUGAUGGCCGAAAUAUUUGGGCAAAUGAUCUUGAUGCAUCAUUGAGAACAUUGAAGACUCUUGAGGGCAUUGUUGGCAAGGAAAAGCUUGUUGUUUCAACAUCUUGCUCACUUCUGCACACUGCUGUUGAUUUGGUUAAUGAAACUAAGCUGGAUGCUGAAAUCAAGUCAUGGUUAGCAUUUGCUUCUCAGAAAAUUCUUGAGGUGAAUUUCUUGUCUAAGGCAUUGGCGGGAGAAAAGGAUGAGGCUUUUUUUGCAGCCAAUAGAGCUGCUCAAGUGUCGAGGAAAUCUUCUAUACGUGUGAAUAACAUGUCAGUUAAGAAAGCUGCAUCUGCUCUGGGGUCUUCUGAUCAUCAUCGUGCAACUUCAGUUAGUUCCAGGCUUGGUAUACAACAAAAGAGCUUGAAUCUGCCCCUACUUCCCACCACUACACUUGGUUCUUUUCCACAGACUUUGGAUUUAAGGAGAACUAGACGUGAAUACAAAGCUAAUAAGAUUUCUGAGGAUGAAUAUGUGGAGGCCAUUAAGGAAGAGAUAAGUAAAGUUGUCAAGUUGCAGGAAGAUCUAGACAUUGAUGUUUUUGUGCAUGGAGAACCUGAGAGAAAUGACAUGGUGGAAUACUUUGGUGAACAAUUGGAGGGCUUUGCCUUCACUGUUAAUGGAUGGGUACAGUCAUAUGGUUCUCGUUGUGUGAAACCACCAAUCAUCUAUGGAGAUGUCAGCCGUCCAAAGCCCAUGACAGUUUUCUGGUCUACAACUGCACAGAGCAUGACUUCUCGUCCUGUGAAAGGAAUGCUGACAGGGCCUGUCACGAUUCUAAACUGGUCCUUCGUAAGAAAUGACCAACCUAAACAUGAGACGUGUUACCAGAUCGCCUUGGCAAUCAAGAACGAGGUUGAGGAUUUAGAAGCUGCUGGAAUACAGGUGAUCCAAAUUGAUGAAGCUGCACUAAGAGAGGGCCUACCACUGCGCAAGUCAGAGCAGGCCUUCUAUCUUGAUUGGGCAGUCCGCUCUUUCAGAAUAACAAACUGUAGCGUCAAAGAUACUACACAGAUCCAUACACAUAUGUGCUAUUCCAAUUUCAAUGACAUAAUUGAUGCGAUAAUCGACAUGGAUGCUGAUGUAAUUUCAAUUGAGAACUCAAGGUCAAAUGAGAAAUUACUUUCAGUAUUCCACAAAGGCGUCAAGUAUGGUGCUGGAAUUGGCCCGGGUGUCUAUGACAUUCAUUCUCCAAGGAUACCUGCAUCAGAUGAGAUAGUAGAGCGGAUCAACAAGAUGCUGGCUGUUCUGGACAAAAACAUACUUUGGAUAAACCCUGAUUGUGGGCUGAAGACCAGGAAGUACAGUGAAGUUGUUCCCGCACUCACCAACAUGGUAGCAGCAGCCAAGCUUCUAAGAUCCCAGUUGGGCAGAUGAAAGGAGGAUCCUUAAUCGUGUCGAGAUGGUAACUACUUCCAAGCCGUGUAAAACUUUUGAUGCUCCGUAACAUCAUCUACCUACCAAAUGUAUCGGAAGCUGUAAAUGUAGAAUCAGCUCAACUUCGAGAAGAAAUCUUAAAGCUUCUGGACAAAAUAGAAAGAAGAGAUUGAAUGAAAAAGAAACGUGUUUUUCCCU